GAAAAGGUCGAUGUGGCGGAAUGGAAGCUAGAGGCUGCAGAGGCGAAGUUGCAAGCAGCAGAGGGAAAACUGGAAGCGGUAGAAUGGAAGCUUGAAGCAGCGGAAGAAAAACUACAGGUGGUAGAGUGGAAGCUUGAGGCGGCGGAGGAAAAAUUACAGGUAGUAGUAGAGAAGGUAGAUGCGACAGAAUGGAAGCUUGAGGCAACAGAGGAGAAGCUAGAAGCCGCCAAGGAGCAACUUCUAUCAACAAAAGACAAGCUCGAAUGCGUCGAAUACAAGCUUGAGGCAGCAGAAGAGAAGCUUCAGGCGACGGAAGACAAGCUAGAAGCCGCGAAGGAAAGGUUGGAGGUGAUGGAACAGCAAGAUAAUGACCGAAGGUAG